AUGGAGACCAUUGUUCCCGGCACCGCCUUGGGACUGCCAGAAAUCCGUCCUGGCACAACAACCUUCUCGGCAACAAGACGAGGCCAGUCUUUAUUUUACUUUGAUUUUUGGGAAUGGAAGCUUCAAUUAAUUCUCUGGAAGUUUGCCCCGCCUGUUUUAGUCAUAUUAGGAACCAUGUUUAAUGGAAUGACAAUAGUGGUCGUGAUUCAGAGACAGUUUGGAAAAUCAUCCACGAGAAUUUUAUUAAUCUCUCUUGCGGUGGCAGAUACUGGUGUAUUACUAACAAAACUUGUUCGUAGGUGGGGGGAAAAGACGUUCAAUUUAGACUUUCCAUAUGCGCUGUCGGUAUUCUGCCCUAUUGAUGUGUUCUUCAUUUACUUCUUCCGUCACUUUUCCAGCUGGGGCAUAACCUUAAUAACGAUAGAGAGGUGGAUAUCGGUGACCCAUCCCCUAAGAGCAAAGAUGUUGUGUACAAGGAAAAACACUUACAUAGCCCUCUCUAUAUCAGUUGUAGUUAUAUCCGCCCUCAACUCUCAUAUUCUCUUCUUUUAUGAAAUACUUGACACAAAGAAUGUUGAAUGUUAUAUCAGAGAUGGGACAUUAUACAAAAGCUUCUGGCUAAUGAAAUGGUACUGGAUCGACUUGAUGGCGUUUUCGGGCCUGCCUUUCCUUGCCAUAUCUUACUGCAAUUGUUCUAUUCUAUAUCAGGUUCUCCAAGGACAAAAAAUGCGCAACAAGCUACAGAAUUCGGGCGACCAUUCUGUUGCCAGUGCAGCCAAAUUGACAAGUAUGACGCGCAUGUUGACCAUAGUUAGUGUCGUAUUCAUUCUUCUAACCUUGCCCGUCUCUGUACAUUUCAUCGUUUAUGGUCAGCUCAUAGUUUCAUUUGUUACACAGAAGCAGAUUGCCCAAUAUGUCCUUAGCUAUACGGUUACAAACUUACUUAGUUACGUUAAUAACACUAUAAAUUUCCUACUUUAUUGCUUAAGUGGUACACAAUUUCGUCGCGAGGUUUUCCAAAUGUUCCGAUGUCGAAAAAGUGGUAAUGGCAGAAAGAGUUCGCAAACCCAUAGCAGGUCCAGCCGUUUGCAAACAAGAAGUGACUAGUAUAUGAUGUGUACCUCGCUGUUAACAGUGACAUUAUUGUAUCUCGAAUAGAAAAGAAGGUUUGUUUCGGCAGGCUAGAUCUUUAGCUAGAUCUUGACAUGAUGAUAAUUAUAUCAGUCACCUCCUCCGUGAUGGCGUUCGAGAUAAAAAAGGGAAUUAAUACGAUGCGAAGUUUGGCAAGAUAGUCCCAGUACCAAAUACUGAGCUGCCAUUCUAGACGAAUAAUCGGACUAAGGGAGCCUUUCUGAUCUUGCAAGUCGUCGCAAGGUUUUCCGAAUGUUCUUUGGUCGAAGGGGUGGAGUGGAGAGCCAACGUUCCUUUGACCAGCGAACAACUAGGAAAAUUGAUACUCAUGGAUUACAAAUGGAUUGAGUGUCGUGCAAGAGUGAAAUUGUAAAAGUUCAAUGGUUUAUUUGGUUAUUUGUUAGCCAAGAUAACAGUCUAACACUCACAAACCUUCGACAUAACAACUAACUAAGUUUAAUUAAAACUGGUCUCAUAUCCACUAUUAUCGCACAUUCGUUUUUCUACUGAUGACUAGAUGGAGAAAUAUGGAACGCAAAAACUCGAAUAAAGGCACUACAUGUCUUGUGCAACGAGGGCUUACCACAAAGCGUUCAUUGCAACUCGGUGCAUAUCAGCUAGUUGAGUUACAAUGACUCGUUUGGUAUGCAACUGCUGGCUCUUUUAGUCCAUAGCGUUCUACCACUUUUUUCGGCCCUUCACGCUGACGAUUUUUUUGACUUGCUACAUGGUGGCUGUGGCCAGGGACUUGAAUCUCCAGGAUGCCGCCGGCUUUAAAACCUGUAUCAUAGUUUUGAAAAAGGAAACUGUUGAUCUUUGUGAAUAUUUUUUGAAACAGUUGGGAUCUAGUUCAUUCUGGAUAGACAGGGAUAAAUGCACUGCCUAACAAUGUCUAUAAUUUGUACCUAUUCGGAGAAUGUUUAAUAUCCAU